CCCGCGCCACUUGACGUGCCCUGAAGCCUCCCUCCCUCCCUCCGCCGCCGCGCUUGCACCCCUGCCGCUCAUCCCGGCUCCGCUCAUGCCACCAGCCUGUUGCACACCCACGUGUCUGUCCGUGUGUCCGUGUGUGAGCACAUGAGAAGAGAGGAGCAAGGGGAGGCGAGACGGUCACGUUGGUAGGAAGUGCCGGCAGUGGUUGCGAAGUGUGAAAACAAACUCUGCCGUCGCUUGGACGGCUCUGACUGGACAGAGCGCCCUCGCAUAAUGCCAUCUUUCGAUGAGGUUUUGAAGGAAGCCGGGGAAUUUGGAAGAUUUCAAAAGAGGGUCUUUUUCCUCCUUUGCCAGACGGGCGUAACUUUUUCUUUCCUGUUCACCAGCGUGGUUUUCCUUGGGCAGGCACCGGGCAACUACUGGUGCAGGAUCCCCGGGGCAGCCGAAUUAAGCGAGCGAUGUGGCUGGAGUCUGGAAGAGGAACAAAACUUCACAGUCCUGCCCCUGCGCCUGGGGAACAGGUCCUCCAGCGGAGAGUGCGAGAGGCUGGACGUUGCGUGGGACGCCUCCGUCAGCUGCGCCAGCCCACUCGCCCACUACAGCAAUGGCAGUGUGGGCAACCUGCCGCUCACCCCAUGCCACGAUAACUGGGUCUAUAAGCAGCCCCACUCAUCCAUCGUCAGCGAGUAUAACCUUGUGUGCGGCAAUGCCUGGAUGCUGGAUCUCUCACAGGCCAUCCUCAAUCUGGGGUUUCUGAUCGGCGCGUUCACCCUGGGCUAUGCUGCAGACAGAUACGGCAGAAUCCUCAUCUACCUGCUCUCCUGUCUCGGGGUUGGGAUAUGUGGUAUCAUAGUGGCAUUCACACCAAACUUUACUGUAUUUUUGAUCUUCCGUUUUCUCCAAGGCGUGUUUGGCAAGGGAACCUGGAUGACAUGCUACGUGAUUGUGACGGAGAUCGUUGGUUCUGACCAGCGGAUCGUUGGGAUCGUGAUUCAGAUGUUUUUUACCCUGGGAAUUAUGAUCCUCCCUGGAAUUGCAUACUUGGUUCCCACCUGGCAGGGGAUCCAGCUGGCCAUUUCACUGCCCAACUUCCUCUUCCUGCUGUACUACUGGGUGGUUCCUGAAUCUCCACGUUGGCUCCUGACACGCAAAAAGGGAGAGAAGGCAUUAAAAAUCAUGCACAACAUCGCAAAACACAAUGGGAAAUAUCUCUCACCACAUUACUCAGAGAUCACUAUUAGCAACGAGGAGGUCAGCAACCCCUCCUUUCUCGACCUGGUGAGGACUCCCCAGAUGAGGAGGAACACGCUCAUCCUGAUGUACGCCUGGUUCACAAGUGCCCUGGUCUACCAAGGGCUUGUCAUGCGCCUAGGAAUUGUCGGAGGAAACCUCUACCUAGACUUCUUCAUCUCAGGAGCUGUGGAGCUACCUGCUGCUCUCCUAAUUUUAGUGACGAUUGAUCGCAUUGGCCGGCGCCUUCCCUUUGGAAUAGGCAACAUUGUGGCAGGAAUUGCAUGCCUCAUUACUGCCUUCUUGCCAGAAGAUAUCCCAUGGCUCAAAACGACAGUCGCCACGCUGGGAAGACUGGGCAUCACGAUGGCUUUUGAAAUCGUCUAUCUUGUGAACACUGAACUGUACCCUACAACACUGAGAAACUUUGGUGUUUCCCUGUGCUCGAGUUUGUGUGACCUAGGUGGGAUCAUAGCCCCAUUCCUACUUUUCCGAUUAGCAGCCGUUUGGUUGGAGCUACCUCUAAUUAUUUUCAGUAUUCUCGCAGUUGUCUGCGGGCUUCUAGUAUUCCUUUUACCAGAGACAAAGGGAAUCUCCUUACCAGAAACAGUGGAAGAUGUGGAGCAGCUUUCGAGUCAUUUUGGUAAAUGUGGCAAGAAACAGAAACACCAGGACACCAACUCUUAUAUUUGACCUUCGAAGGAUGGCACUGAGCAAAGAACUGUGUUCCCAUAGUGGGAAUUUGUUCUGCCACCUGCCACUACUUCAAAAUUUGCUGCAGAGUAUGGAUUGAGCUCCAUGUUCCUCUUCUAGGCAUCAGGACGUUUAAAACAAGGAGUGUAUUUUUCUAUAAAUAUGGAAUAAAUUCAUUUUUUCUGAGUAUGAUGUUUGCAGGAAGGGAGGACUCUGUGGUUCUUGGUAGAGAACAGAACAGCUUAAAAAAAGAUGCAUUAUCCAGCUCAGUGAGCUCUUAUUUAUUUCUUUAUACAUUUGAGACAUUCGUUUAUUUCUACUGUUAGCGUAUACCUUUGGAUGUGGAGACUUGGAAACGGUACUUCUUGUUUAAGAUUUGGAUGACUUUGGGGAAGAGAGGAUGAGUAUUUCAACCUGUUCUCCUUUGCCCCUGGAGAAUCUGGACAAACAGAAUAUCUGAUGUCUCAGGAAGGAGGAUGCUGAUCAGAGCAGUACUUUCUCUGGUCUGGAGGGAUGGGAAUGAGAGGCAUGCAUCAGGAGACCCUCACCCUGGUCUGCUCCUCUCCCCCAGCGAGCCUCUGCCACAAAAGCCCUGCUUCCCUACUUGUUCAAGGGCUUUCUGAAAUGUGGCAGCAGUCCUCUUCCUCUCCUUCCCAGGGCUUUAUGUAGGUGUCACAUCCCACACAGGGCAUUAGUUUUGUAGGUCAGGUCGUUCUGCUGCACAUCAGUGCCUCCCCCCAGACCCAGCUGGGGUUCACGUGCCACCCCAUUCUCCUGUCCCCUGUGUCUCCCAAGGGAAGAGCUUCUAUCUGCUCUCCCCUGUCGGGUGCUUUUGCAACCCUCUCUUUCAAGAGAUGAUCAUUUCCCUUCUAAAACAUGCUCUUUGUCCAUGGCUACAAACAAAAUUCACUCUCCCUGGCCACUGCCAAGAUGACCCCCAAUUUCUGUCUUCUAUCCAUUAUUAUUUUUAGUCAUCUUUCUUUCUUGGGGACAAAUUAUUUGGGUUGUUAACAGGAAUGUUAAGCUGUCUUGGGAAGAUGAGCAGGAGUGGUACAAGAGCUUUGGUUAUGGACAGAAGUGUUAACUGGUCCUGGCUGUUUCACGCUGACAUGUAGCAGAAUAACUUGAAUCUGUAGCUCUGCAAGCAGAUAGCAGGGACAACCUGCCUUCUCUUUCAGCUGUAUGACCUUCAUCAAGCAUUGGGUCCUGGCCACUGACAAGUAAACAAUACACUCCUUAUAGUGAAGGACAUGAGAAGGUGUGGUGGUGUUCAAAUAGUAUAGUUACCAACAGAAAAUUAAAAAAGAGAAAGCUGAUGGGCUCUUGUAAUGGUCUCAUAAGCUCAGAAAACAACAUAUUUGGCAUAAGCAAAUAUAGGACUGAGUUUUGGAGGUUCGUACCUUCAUGAGUGGUGCUAACAUUACUGUAAGCGCAGCUGAAUGACUACAGCUCCAGUCUCACCGCCUUAAAAGCACGUUUAGGCAGGUGCCUGCACAGGGGGAUUUCCUAUGGUGAGGAGUAUAUUGUGCAUGUCAACAGUUCCCGUCUCUCCCGGCCUUUUCCCAGCAAGUGCCCUGCCCAUAGCACCAACCCUGUUGGAGGAAAACAGGACCUUUACUAGUAAUCUCAGUCUAAUGUUUGCAUGCUUUGAGCAGUUAGCGAUAAAGGGCUGUCAUUUAAGGCUAUUUCUAACUUCCUCUGAGGCAUAGUUAAAGGUCAAUGGGAUGCACAGCAGAAAUCAGUAGUGAUGGAAAUAUAUGAAACUAAAUGAGCAUCUCAUAAUAUAUCAUCUGGCUAAUUGGCGAUAUCUAGAAGACAACCUCAAACUGGAGCUACUGCUGCAGGGAGAAAACUCCUCCUACACCAACACAAGUCUUCUGCGGAUAGCUAUUAACUCCCUGGGACUGGCUGGCAGAGACCAGCCCUGAACUGGAAGCUGUGGGCUUGCGCUGGCCGGGUGCCGUGUCUCACCGCAGGGUGGGAGCACGGGCGCCUGGCCGCAGAGCUCAGCCCUGCCUUCCUCGCACCCAGCCAGCCCCCGCUGGAGGCACGGCCCUCGGAGAGCCAGGGUGAGGUGAUCAGAUGCGAUGCCGUAUGAACUGAGCCUCCCUCUUCUUUUUCAUGUUUCUUCUUUGGGAAUUUUAAAUUUUUAAAAUCAGUUUCUUAAACGCUACAGUAGUCUGAGAAGGACUGUGGAUAUUAUUUAAAGCUACGGCUUGCCAAAGAAAUGUCAGUAUUAUUUGCCAGCUGCUGCUUGUGGACAACAAAAAUGUGUUGAGAAGUGAGAGACAUGAAAACUUGUGUCUGGCCUUUCAGACUGUUCUUUGUUUUGCGUAGCAUCAAAUAUUGCUCUGAAGAGAAUAUAAGUGAAAUAUUUCACUAUGUAAAAUGGCUAGGAGCAGCGUCAGAAGUUUGGAUGUAUUUAUUUUCUAAAAAUUCAUUGUGUAAAGGACAGCAGGAAAAAGCCUGUGUAUGUGUUCUACUUCUAAUACGAUAGUACUUAACAACUUUGUGUAGACCUUGUAUUUGGCUCCUGCGCUAACUUUUACCUAUAAUAAGGGGAUUUUGUAAGAUGGGAAAUCCUCCUGUCUCUGUGGGACUUUGGGUUGCCUCAUGAAGGUUGUGGACUGGGCAGUAACCUGUUGCAUGACCAGCGGUUUGGUGGCUGUGGGGUUACCCUGUUGUGGGUGAAUGAGGAGAGAUGAGGUGGUGGAAACAGAGGGAGAACUUCAGCAAGGGAGGACCCCAGGGGUCACCCGCUGGGGUCAUGCAGACCAUUGUACUGGUGGCUUGUUUAGAAAGAGUUAUUGUAAAUUCUUAUGUGCCUCAAACCACUUAAUACAUUGAGCCUUAAAGGAAAGUCCUACAAACUUCUCAGAUGGCAGUGCAGAGUUCUCCUGAAUUGCACGGGUUCACACUAAAAGGGCUGUCACGACGCACCUCACUGAGAAGCACCUCUUUGGGAGGGAAAAACCACUGCCAGCUUUAGUUGUCUUGCUUGUGUUAUGCUUCAGUGUUAGAGUUCAGAGGCUCAGUGAGAGAUGUGAUGUGCAUAGCAGACAAAGGAUCCCCUUACUGCUGCCAAAGACACAUGUCCAACAUGACCACAGAAAGCCACGAGCUGUGUUCUUCCUGCCUGCAAAGAGAUUCCCCAGACCAACAAACCAGUAAAUGUGCUAUUUGGUCCAAAUCUGUGCUGCCACCAAAUUUACCUUGUUACUUCACGUAGUCUGUGUGAGUGGUUAGUGAUAAGUGGCAAUUUUUACUGCCAUUGAUACUCGCGCAGAAGGAAAAGAUCACAAUUUAGAUGCCUUAAGAGGUUAUGAGGUGGGACUUCUGUAGCUGCUCAGGUGUGCCUAGGCAUUUCUGGUGGGUUUGGCAAGGACAGCAGGGAUGGGUUUGUCUGCCUACAAGCCAGGUAUUAACCAUGCCUGCAAGAGUUCACAUUUGAAGAGCUUUACAAAACAAAGACCAAGCUGCAACACAGAAUUUCUGGUGCUCGGCAAGUACUGCGUGGAUUUCUUGGCUGACUUAAUGAUUCAAAUAAUUAGAUACAGAAAAUAUUUAGAAGGGUGUUUGUGCCCAGCGAAUCCCCUGAACCAGAGGGGUGGGUGGGGAAUGCUUCAUCAGAGCUGUUCCUGCUCAGGAAGGCAAUGCCCUGAGAUCAUGGCUUCUCCCAGAGUCAGACUCCGUGUAUAGAAGCCUUAAAAAUCAUUCUGCCUCCUAACUCACUUUUAUAGCUCCAUCUCCCUUUAAGUCUAUGGGACAAAAAUAAAGAACUCCUAAGAUGCAACCCAUCCUUUUUGUAUGUACAUGCAUACAAAAAAUAAAAAGACAAUGUAAAUUAAAUGACACGCAGCUUGGCAUACCUGGGGGUGGACCUCUGCACUGCAGAAAGUGGGCUACACAAAUCCCUGCCCUGUAAGCAGCGGUGUUACUUGGAGUGCACUCAGCACACCCCGGGGAUGCAGGAAGGAUGCCAUGCAGAGCCGGGGUCCCCAGGCGCCUGUGGGGUGCUCCCUGGCUGAUAUGCAGGGGGUCUAGUACGGAAGUGGGGGUUCAGAGUUAGCACGUAUUUGACUUUGGCAAGCGUGAGCCAAACUUUCCCUGGAAAGCGUUUCUAAAGGUCUAAGCUUUCACUUCCUAUAAGCACAGGCAUGCGUACAUCAUUUUCUUUCAGAGAAGAAAAAUGUACCUGUAACAGUUAUAUAGUGAGAUAAAGUUAUGUAGUGAAACAAGUGGGUACUACGGACAAGAACAUUUUAUCAUACACUAAAUGCAUUGUCAUUACUUGAUGUAAUGAUUGACAGUUACUUCUCUGUCUUCACUACAGACUAACUUUAGGGUGAGGCUAUUUUUUAUUCACUGUUUUAUAUCUUUGAUGCAACCUUUGUACUUCUGCUGACACACAAAUUUCCAUGUCAAUAAAAAAUAUGAAAAUACAAACUAAACGUGUUUGCUUUUUUUUUUCCCUAUCCUGUGUAUUUAAUGCUAUUGGACAUAUCUGAUAAAACUUCACGUGCAUAUAAGAUGUACAGGGAAAUUCUUCUUCGGGUUGUAUCAUUAAAUUGGUAAAAGGCUCAGACAACUCAUAGAAAAUAAGAAGUAUUCUCCUUUCUUCAUUCACUGGAAGCACAAUAUCUUGGGAAAGUCAACCUUAGAAUA